GCGAGAUUCGAAUAGUUUCACACAUUUAGAGCUUCGUGUUGCAAUUUUAUAGGAUCGAGACUUCUAUAUAAAGAGUGUUUGCUCUGGUUGCAGACACAGCCAAUCAUAACAUGUUACGGCAAUGGGAUCUAUUGUUUUACAUUCUGCCUCUCGCUCAAAACUUGUAAAAAGAUUUAGAGUUCGUCAGCUGAUGUAAGAUUUUGUUCUGGACUUGAAUGUCUAUCAGACAUUGCCAUGUGUUGACCGCCGUGCGGUGAAUCUACGUACAAGUGAAUAGUAGUGCGGACUGUGCGGUUGUUGUUUUCAUCUGAUGAUAAGACUGUAGCCUAUUUACAUGAAAAUAGUUACACAUUAAUACGAUGUAUCUUAUUGUGAAAUCUUACCAAUUACUAUUUUCCGUGUGGAUAUUUUUUGCCAGCAUUGAUCCUAGAUUGCAUGGUGUGCUGGGGGGCAGUGAUCCUAAUGAAGUACAACGAUACCUGGAGCUUGGGGUGCAGAUGCUGGCACGAGGCCAGCUUCAUGAUGCUCUUGCUCAAUUCCAUGCAGCAAUUGAUGGAGACCCUAACAACUACCUCAGUUAUUAUCGAAGAGCAACAGUGUUCCUGGCUUUGGGUCGUGCUCGGUCAGGCUUACAAGACCUGGACAAGGUUCUGCUGCUUAAGCCGGACCUCACUAAUGCACGUCUGCAGCGUGCCUCUGUUCACUAUAAAAUGGCAGAACUGGAUUUAGCGCAUAUCGACCUGGAAGAAGUGCUGCGACGUGAACCUGACAAUGUGGAAGCCAACGAGUUGUAUGCCAGAAUUGAGCCGCUCAAACAGAAGAUGGUGCUUGUGCAAGAUUCUGUUCACGUUGGGGACUACCACUAUGCUAUUCCUUUGCUUAAAGAUAUUGUCGAUGAAUGUCCAUGGGCUUCAUGGGUGCGGGAGCAGAGAAUAGCUGCUUUUGAGGCCGUCGGUGACCUGCAGAGCGCCAUCACUGACUUAAGAGUUGCCACAAAACUCACUAGCGACAACACAGAGGGCUUCUUGCAUCUGGCUAACCUUUACUACAGGAUGGGAGACGUUGAACACACGCUUGGUGAAAUUCGUGAAUGCUUGAAACUCGACCCCGAUCACAAGAACUGCUUUGCGGUUUACAAGAAAGUGAAGAAAGUCAACAAGCUCGUUGAGGGACUACAAGAGCAAGUGAACAACAAGCAAUUUGCCGAAUGUUCUGAAGCGGCAGGAAAGAUCCUGAAAGAAGAACCUGACGUCGAAGCCGUGAGACACCUGGCAUACGAAAAACUCUGCAUCUGCGACCGAGAAAUUGGCGAGAUUAUAAAAGCCAAGAAAUCCUGCGACGUGGCGCUGCAAUAUUCGCAAGAUCCUCGAUUGUAUUGCGAAAGAGCCGAGCUACACAUAGUCAAUGAUGACUUAGAUGCAGCUGCCGAGGAUUAUCAGCAAGCACAAAAAAUCGACGAGAACUUUACAAGAGCCAAGGAAGGAAUGCAGCGAGUGCAGAAAUUGAAGAAACAAGCUGGCAGAAGAGAUUACUAUAAAAUUCUCGGUGUCAAGAGAACCGCGACUAAGAGGGAAAUCACUAAAGCAUAUAGGCAAAUGGCACAGAAAUGGCAUCCUGAUCAUUUUGAUGGCGAUGAGAAGGAAAUGGCAGAGAAGAAAUUUAUCGACAUUGCCGCUGCCAAGGAAGUUCUGACGGACGAUGAAAUGCGUCGAAAAUUCGAUAGUGGAGAAGAUCCUUUAGAUCCUGAGCAGCAACAGCAAUCGCCAUUCCGUCACGGAUUUAAUCCGUUCCAGCACUUCCAGGGAGGAGGCGGUCCGUUCCAGUUCAAAUUCCACUUCUAGCAUCGCACUAAUUUAGUAUUCAAUCUUAUUCAUUAUAACAGCGGAAAGCUCAUUUCAUCUGGCAUUAUUAUUUUUAGGGCCAUACAAUUAAUGCCUCGCCAUUUUAGCUAAGUAUUUCGAAUGAGAAAUGACCUGACAGCUAGGUAACUUGCGAGCUGCAGCCAAUGGGGUGAUAGUGUACUUGAUAUUGGUCGGUGAGCAUCGAUCGAAACUGUGGAAUGUAUGGUUUGUUGCUGACUAGAGAGGAACAAAUACACUGCGCUCAUUUUCAUAGUAGUCGAUUGGAAUCGUCACGAACUGGAUUCUGGAUGAAUUAAAAUUUCUCCAAGACGCGGAUCGAAAGCUGCUACCCAACAUUGAGCAAGUACUGAUACAUGGAUGACUAUAUCGAAGCACAAUUCCGCUACAUGUCGAAAUACCCUUUAUUCGUGGCUUACCAAAUAUCAGUGGAACGUUCGUGCUAUGAUGCCACUAGAAAUAAUAUUAGGAAAGUGUGCGUGUUUUGAUUUGUGGUCAUAACUUUGAGGGAAAUUUGGUUUAAUGUUUGUAUUGUUCUAGUUUUCUCGAUGAUCCUAUAGGGUUCUGUUUUCCAUUACAGAAAAAAGUCAAUUGAGAAGUCAAGUUUCCUAUUAUGGACUUUGUUCCAAACUAGGUCUGAUCGAUGGUUUAUUUGCUGGACGCGCUUAUAAGCGUUUCCAACUUGUCCAACGUUGUAAAAAUUUAAUUGCAAUAAGUUACAUCUUAUUGAUUGUUUAGUAGUUUUCAUAAGUAUUUUAAGAUUGUGUGCUUCAAUUUGAUCUUCGGGCAUCUUUAGAUCUUAAUUCAAAGUUUCCUCGAUUUUCAUUUUAUAGAUUUCUUUGUUAGAUUCUGCCUGUGACAUUGUGUGAGUAUUCAGUGAGUUUGCCGUUUCAGUUUUGCUACUAUAUUGACGGUGUUUCUUACAGUCUAAGUUGACAGUUUCUCUUACGAAUUAUUUAAACGCAAUAACAAUGAGAAAAUAAAUUUGUACUUUGAUUACAAUUGUUGCCCUCCACAUUGAAAUGGGGCUACUGGAUAGACAAUUAUGAAAUGUGUACCUAUACGAUUGUUAAUGAAAUCAUUUCAGGUAAUCACCAAUCUUGAGACAUUUCCUUUCUACACAUCGUUUCCAGCUCGUGCUAGAACCGUACCUCAUGGGGCAGCUUUUGCAUAGGCCGGGACUUGCGCCUCGUAUUUACAUUUUUUUUUUCAUCGAAUCGAAAAUUCUAUCCCUAGUAAAUAUUGUCGGAAUUAGUAAAGUAAGAGUGCACAUCCGCUUGGUAAGGACGAAGUACUAUGAUCUAGUCAAUAGGAAAAAGAUACGAAGAAAUUGAAUAGGAGUUGCCAGAGCCUGAAUUUUUUGGCAACGUAAUUUGGAAGUUAUCUUGCAGAUUACGGUGAAUUUAUUACGUUAAACUCUUUACGUAAAAUUACACAUGUGAUAGUCACUAAGUAUCUAUUUCGUAGGCGUUUUUUAAUUCUGCAAGGACAUGGUGAUGCUUGUCGCCAGUUACUAUUUUCAGAUUUGUAUUCACUGGUCAAUAGUUCGUGUUUCACUUCAAUAGUUCGGUAACACAGCAUUGUUUCUCUGACCACUAACACAAUGUACCUGUUUUUCAAAUGAUGGUCAAACUUGAACAAGGAUUGCAAAAUACAUUUUAUAAUCAAGAGCA